AAAAAAAAAGUACGAUUUUUUCACCGUCGCUGAAUUUACAUAAAGAUCAGCGCAAUUAUCUUAACAUACUGUCAACGGCGAUUAUCAGAAGCACACCUUUAAAGAAGCCAACAUUCAAUAUUUUUGGUAGCCAGAAAAUUGUUUCCCAAAAACCAAUAAUUUAUUAAUUAUUGAAUUAAUUUAUCAAUUAAAAUAUGUCGGGCCAUUUUCAACCACUUAGAUCCUCUCGCGUUUUGCGUAAAAUCAAGGAAAUCAGCCAACCCACCGGAGAACCAGUCAUAAUAAACCGAAAUCCAAGAAAUCUGGAGAGAUUGCGUAUUGCACAUAAACCCAACGGUUAUUUUUUGGAAAAACCUGGACGUUCGUUUUGGCAUAAGUUGGAGUUGACUGUAAGUGGACGUUACGUAACUGCAGAAGUGAGGCAUUUUCAGAAUGGUCCUAUUGUCGGUGCGAGCACUUCGGAAUGGGCAAUAAAAAAGCAUCUCUACAAAACCACAGAUACUCCUGCCUUUGUGAAUCUUGCUCGAGUGCUGGCAAUGAGAUGCCUUCAGUCAGGCAUUACUGAAAUGGCUUGCAAUGUUGACGCCGUUGCCGGAGGUAAAGUUGAAAAGUUUUUGAAAACAUUAGAAGAAAAUGGGGUUAAGUUGCAAGAACCAGAACGAUACGUUGCGCCAUUGCCUUGGGAUGCUGUGCGGCAUGAAAAGCCAUGGGAUGUAUUAGAAGAUCACCUACAACCGGCGCAACAGACAAAGACAGAGAAAACACCCAAUAAAUAAUAAAUAUUUUGUUUUUUCGUUUUUGCUUAGUAAUAAAUGUUACAUUUAUUCUAA